AUGGCAUCCUCUGUGUCCGCCCCCGUAUCCGCCCCGGUAUCCGACACCGAAUCCACGGCCUCUCCGGCCAACACUCGUGUUCGGGUGCCCCGUUUGCCCGCCAUUUUCAAUAAGGGAUCAGAUCUCUUCAACUACCAAGAACAACCCGAGACGAUAUUGCCAAUUCCCUCAGACACCGAUGAUCUCGAGACGGCCUUUGAAAAGUUGGUUGCAUUGGUCCAGGUCGUUGAAAGCGGCAAGAGCAUCGCCAUCAAUACUGGCUUCAAAGCUGCCAAACAUGACUGUGUGGAUCCCGUGGCGAUUGCUAAAAGGGGUAUGACUCUACUCCAUCUGAGGUUGUAUGAAGCUUCCCCCCCUGGUGCCGCUUCUGCGAGUCGCUUUGCGGAGCUCGCUGCUGCCAUGUCUGAUGCGUGGGAGUACGAAGAUGCUACUGCUGAGCAUGUCGCCUGGCUUUCCAAACAUCAUCCUUCGGUUUUCCCACUGUUGAAAGCUAUCGUCCGGGUGUAUGGAGCUGCCCGGGACCUUGUCAGUGGCCAGGGCCAACUCACGGCUCUUGAGUUGGCAGACCUCCAGACCUACCACAAGCUCUCCAGAAUAAGAAGCAACCUGGAAGCGCGACUUAGGAGUGAUACGUAUUAUGCGAAGAGAUUACCUUACAGUUUUUUCAACUUUUCUAGUUUCCCGCUUCCCAGGGUUACGGCUACGAUGAAGAGGCGAGUGAGCCGAGAGGAUGUUCUUGAGUUUGACGAUGUCGAUUCGGACGAUGAUGAAUUUGAUGAUGUUGCACUGGAAGAUCUUCGCAGGUCGCGACGCAAGCCCGGGCCUAUGAUCAGGGCACAGACUGGGGCAUAUGGGACCCAAGAGGAUGUGGGCGCUUCAAGAAAAAGGAGGCUUGAAGUUAUGUAAGGAAAAGGAGGCUGGGGCUUGAAGUUAUGGGUCACAGAAGUUGAGACUUGAUGCCAUAUAGGUUCUAUCUUCAAGUACUCUCGAAUAAUUGCUAUAUGAAAUACAGAAAUCAAUCACAC